GACAAUUCCAGUAUUAGAUUUGAUGACAAUUCUUUUGGUAUUGCAUCGAGUACUUUCAUGAGAGUAGAGACAACUCAUAUCGAGGGCAAAAUGAUAACUUCAUCAUCCACCACCUCCUAAAUACUCUUCUGCUGCUGUCAUCUUCUUUCGCUUUUUACUAGAAGAACAUCCAUGGCUUCCUCUAGUUUCCAAGUGACCUGUUUCUACAAGAUUGUUCUCAGACAAAGCCUUGAAGAUGGAAAUCUUACGAUACCAAAAACGUUCGGUAUGAAAUAUGGUGACGGUGUUCCAAAUCCAGUGUAUCUGAAGCCUCCAGAUGGCACUGCUUGGAAGAUAGAUUGGUCUGAGUAUGAUGGUGCCAUUCUAUUUGAAAAUGGUUGGAAAGAAUUUGCUUCAUAUUACUCUUUGGAUCAUGGCCAUAUGCUGUGGUUUGAGUACAAUGAAACUUCUAACAUUGAAGUAAACAUUUUUGACAUGACUUGCCUUGAAAUAGACUAUCCUUCCUUGGAUCACAUCAGCGAUGACGAUUCGAUUGAGAUCUUGAAUGAACUGCCCCCACGAGGCAACUAUCCUUCCAAGGAUCACAUUGAUGAUGGCAACAAGGUUAAGGUUGAGAAUGAACCGCCACGAAGAGGCCGAGGCCGGCCGAGGAAAACAGAGAAAGCAGCACCAAAGACACCAUCUCCUUGUACAAGCAAAAUGUUCACAAGUUCUGCCAAAACUAAAGAAGUGAAAUGGCGCGCUGAAAUACAAUAUCCUUCCAAGCACCACAUUGAUGAGGACAACAUGGCUAAGCCACGAAGAGGCCGAGGCCGGCCGAGGAAAUCAGAGAAAGCAGCAUCUGCUUGUAGAAGCAAAAUGUUCACAAGUUCUGCCAAAACUAGAGCAGUGAAAUGGUGCCCUGAAAUAGACUAUGCUUCCAAGGACAACAUGGUUAAGGUUGAGAAUGAACCGCCACGAAGAGGGCGAGGCCGGCCGAGAAAAACAGAGAAAGCAGCACCAAAGACACCAUCUGGCAAAACUAGGUGCCCUGAAAUAGACUAUCCUUCCAAGGACAACAUGGUUAAGGUUGAGAAUGAACCGCCAAGAAGAGGCCGAGGCCGGCGGAGGAAAAAAUUGAAAGCAGCAGCAGAAGUAUCAUCUCCUUCUACAAGUAAAAUAUUGAGUAGUUCUGUCAAAACUGGAGAUGUAGAGAACUGGAUGCUGUGUUGCAAGAAUGAAGAAGCUAGUCAAUCUGAAUGAAGAAUGCAGUGUUGCAGUGUUGAAAGCAGCGUAUUGCAUUUCAUGUAAUAAAUAUCUUAUUGUUCUUAGGCUGUCUUUAAAUUUCGUU